GACACCCGACCUGCGACCCCGAGGCGUCGCAUGUCAGCUGUCCUCUGGUGCGGGUCUGGACCCGCACACCAGUCCUGAUGUGCAGCCGAUCCCAGGCUGAAAUGGAGCAGGAGGCGGAGAGGCUGAGCCAGUGGCAGGAGGCUCAGCACCAGCUCGUGCAGAUAGUUCAUUGUCAGUGUAUAGAAACAACUGACUUUUGUGUGUUGAAUUUGAAUCCUGCUACUUUUGCUGAAUUUGUUUAUUAGUUCUAACAGUUAGUCACCAAGGAAUACUGCCUCGGACUUCCAAGCCAGUCCCCCACCAUUGUUAAAAGUCUGCCUCUUUUCCUUCCUUCCUCCAAUGCUUGAUCUCAGACUUGUCCACAGCAGUUCCAACUCAGGAUACUGAGAAGUCCAUGUCCAUCUUGGACACGUCUCCAUCUCCUGGAAGCAGUGGAGUGGACGCCUCUUGGAAUGACGGCCCAUCAGGCACUCAACACUUCCCUCAGUGCACACAGCUGGAGAGGAUCCCCUUGGCCUUGACUGAGGCACCCAGGCAGAAUGCAAGUGAUAUGGGACAACAGUUCAGUAUGUUGUUGCCAGAGCAUGGCGUGAGCUACUGCUCCCAAGUGAUUCACACUCCUUCCCAGAUGAUUUACUGUGAGGGGAUGUCUCCCUCCCAGCCAGGAAUGAUGAUUUUCAAGAGGUCCCAGAUGAUGGCCGUAGGAGAACCCAGUAUUCCAGGGAUGGCCAUGAACUUUUGUAGGAAUCUAAGGAUGCCCUCCAGUGGUCUGCCAGUCUCAGCUCCCAAUGGAAUCUCGAUGUCCCACAUCAAUGCACCCACAAUUUCUUAUUCUGGCCCACCAACGGUACCUUCUAAUAGAGACUCUUUAACACCUAAAAUGGUAUUGGCCCCAACCAUGUCUUCUACUGAGGCUCAGGCAAUGCUCCCUUCUUUGGCUCAGAUGUCACCCCCUAGAGAUCCCCAUGAUUUUAGGAUGCACCCAGCUGGAUCCCCAUCAUUGCAGGCUUUAAAAUCCCAGUACUCUCUCAUGAGCCAGCCAGCCUCCCCAGAAGACUCCUUCCUAUCCAAGCAGCCCAUACAAGCUCCACAGCGAGCGGAGUGGAACUCCAGGGCCCAGGAAAGGGCUCCCAGGAGAUCCCCAGUUUCAAGGCCUUACUCCUGCCAAUAUGAGAACUGUGGAAAAGCUUAUACUAAGCGCUCCCACCUCGUGAGUCACCAACGCAAACACACAGGUGAGAGGCCUUAUAAAUGCAUGUGGGAAGGCUGUACAUGGUCUUUCUUCCGUUCCGAUGAGCUUGGACGACAUAUGAGGAUACACACCAGAUAUCGACCAUAUAGAUGUGUUCAGUGCAGCCGACAGUUCAUGAGAUCUGACCAUCUCAGGCAACACCAAAGGACUCAUCUGCGGGUGCCAGGAUCCCCAGACCCACAGAUGAACAAUGGGAAAAUGGCUGGUCCUCCUGCUCCUGUUCUUUAGGUCAAUCUCUCUCUUUAUUUUAGCUUCUCCCAGAUCCUGCCUGCCUCUGACCAGCUAGUCUCUGGAAGGUGUAGGCUUAGAUGAAGACAGAGAAAGAUUAUGAAGUGGUGUUAAAGCCUAUAUGAAUUCUGGACCCAAUCAGAGACUUCUCAAAAACCAUCUUGCAUGCCCUCACCUCUCUGGGGCCACCUACUUUUCCCAAGUUUAGCCUCAUGGGAAGAUGGAGGAAAGUAGAAAUUGGAAGCUUUAUAAGAAAGCUCUUUAUCUUAUAUCACUCCCCAGCUUAAAACCCUUUAGUGACUCUCUUUUGCCUGCUAUGUAAAAUCCAACUUCCUUAUCUUGGUCUUCUAUAGUUUCCAGAGCCAGACUAUGCUCAAAUCCUGAAUUUGCCGUCUACUAGCCGUGAGACCUUGGGAAAGGUCCUUGAUCACUUUACCAUGUUUCCUCUUCUGGUAAAUGAGAAAAACAGUAUUGGACUGCUUGGGACACUUAUGUACAGAAUCACAUUCUCUCUGGUAUUCAUCAGCCAUAAGCCCAGAGAUUGUCUUGUCCUACAGCUUCCAGACUUGCAUGGAAUGUCCCACUGCAGGACAUGGGAUCUGGCAUCUCAAAUUGCCAUUAACAACCCAGAAGUGUGCGGGAGUUAAUGCUAUUGGAAUAACAUUUGACUAAUGGAAGAUGAGAGAGAGUCAGGCAGAUAAAUUCCUUCUUCCCUCCCUUUCCUCAAUUGCCACAAGGCAUUCUUUCCCCAAAAUGUACAGCCAAUGGGGAGACCUCCCAUGUAGCCAAUGGACACACCUAUGGUGUUUCCUCAAGGCUUGUCAUGAAGCAGGACCCAACUGCUAUCAAUUUGCAUUACCACUAGUUCUCCCUGCCUUGCUUCCCUUUACUUAGUGCCCGGGGUUUGCAGUUCUCAAAUAAAACAUCAGCACUUA